GUUUAGUUGGGAGGUUUUACUAACGAUGAUAAUGAUGAGUCGUAAAAACAUGAACAUUUAACUCACUUCUUAUCUUGCAUACAAUACCGCAUCACCCUGGGCGCGAUUCCUCAGGGACAAAAUAAGUGCUACGGCUUUAGAAAUGCCAUCUAUACAGAUAAAUAAUCAGAUAUUCUUUUCAUCUCUGAUCCUAGAGCUGACAGAAGGUUGGAUGGAGCAAAACCCAGCCCCUCCCUUUCGCGCCCUUCCCCGCGCCCGCACAGCCUACGGCAGCCCCCACGCGCCGCGGGCAUCCCCGCCACGUCACAGAGAUGCGCCAGGCAGCGAGGGAGCGGGGCGAGGGAGAGGUGGAGACGUCACUUCUGGGCGCCGUGGCGGCGGUUGCUUUACCGUUGCUGGGAGAAGGCGGAAAAGGGGAACCUGUGGGGGGCCGGGACCAUGCCGGACGCCGGGGAGUCCCGCGGGCAGCAGAGACCUCCGGGCUCGGGAUGAAAGAAGCAGAUCAGAUGCAAAAUCUGGAGAGCGCGGGGGCCGGGCGAUCAGUGAGCACGCAGACGGGCAGUAUGACCGGUCAGAUACCGAGGCUUUCCAAAGUCAACCUUUUCACUCUGCUCAGUCUCUGGAUGGAGCUCUUCCCCCCAGUGGAAAAAAAGCAGAAAUCACAGAGAAAGGAAGAGGAUGAACUUGGACCUUUGGGAGAUAAUAUAGAUGUAGCCAAAGUACCUAUUGACAAAAAACAGGUGAAGAAAACUGGUCUGGUAGUGGUGAAAAACAUGAAAAUUGUUGGUCUCCAUUGUUCUAGUGAAGAUUUACAUGCUGGUCAGAUUGCUCUUAUUAGACAUGGCUCAAAGAUGAAAAACUGUGAUCUUUAUUUUUCCAGAAAACCAUGUUCAGCUUGUUUGAAAAUGAUUGUAAAUGCUGGAGUGAACCGAAUCUCCUACUGGCCUGCCGAUCCAGAAAUAAGCUUGCUUACUGAAGCUUCCAAUCCACUGAGUACUGGAGAUGCAAAACUAGAUGCCAAAGCAGUGGAAAGAUUGAAGUCAAACAGUCGGGCCCAUGUGUGUGUCUUGCUUCAACCUUUGGUGUGUUAUAUGGUGCAGUUUGUAGAGGAAACCUCCUACAAAUGUGAUUUUAUUCAAAGAAUUGCAAAAACACAGCCUGGCUUUAACUCUGACUUUUAUUUUGAAUGUAAACAAGAAAGAAUAAAGGAAUAUGAAAUGUUAUUUCUGGUUUCAAAUGAAGAAAUGCAUAAGCAAAUAUUGAUGACUAUAGGCUUGGAGAACCUGUGUGAAAAUCCAUAUUUUAGCAAUCUAAGGCAAAACAUGAAAGACCUUAUUCUACUUUUGGCCACAGUAGCUUCCAGUGUGCCCAACUUUAAACACUUCGGAUUUUAUUGUAGCAAUCCAGAGCAGAUUAAUGAAAUUCACAAUCAAAGCUUACCACAAGAAAUUGCAAGGCACUGCAUGGUACAGGCCAGGUUAUUGGCCUACCGGACCGAGGAUCACAAAACAGGAGUUGGAGCUGUGAUUUGGGCAGAAGGGAAAUCUAAAACCUGUGAUGGAACAGGGGCUAUGUAUUUCAUUGGAUGUGGUUAUAAUGCCUUUCCUGUUGGAUCUGAAUAUGCUGACUUCCCACACAUGGAUGACAAACAGAAAGAUCGAGAGAUAAGAAAGUUCAGAUACAUUAUCCAUGCUGAACAGAAUGCCUUGACAUUUAGGUGUCAAGAAAUAAAACCAGAAGAAAGAAGUAUGAUUUUUGUGACUAAGUGCCCAUGUGAUGAGUGUGUGCCUUUAAUUAAAGGUGCAGGCAUCAAACAAAUCUAUGCAGGAGAUGUAGAUGUUGGAAAGAAGAAGGCAGACAUCUCUUACAUGAGGUUUGAGGAACUUGAGGGUGUUAGCAAAUUUACGUGGCAACUGAAUCCAACAGAAACCCAUUUUCUGGGACUAGAUGACUCUGAAACCGUAGAGAAUGGUGUCUUGAGACCAGAUUCUAAGUUAAUGGAUGAAGAACGUCACCAAAACAAAAAGUUAUGUCUUGGAAACCACUAAAAGAAAAGAACAUCCUGCCUGAAUCAGAAAGGAGGCCAAGAGGAUUUUUAUUGUACUUUUAAAAGUUAUCCUUGUAGCCUCUGCAAAUAAGGAUGGAGUUUAGGGAAUAAUUGACAAGUAUUUUUAAGGAAGUUAAUUUAUUACUGGGAUGUGAAUAAUGUUAAUGAGAAUAUUUUCAUUUUAGAUUUCCUUGUGUGUUUUCUAGAGUACAGUAGUUUUUUUGGGUUUGAUUUUUUUAUUACACUAAAUGAGGUAUCAAUGAAUAAGACUGUUAGAUGGCUGAUUUCUGUUGAUAUGGAGUUUAGAUCAGCUAGUUAUCCCGGGCCAGAUCCUAGAAGUGAGUUAGCUAUCCAUUUAAAGUUUAAUGUAUUCAUUCAGACCAUGAGAUUGUUGUGUAGUUAACUGCCAUAAAGAAAUAACUGGCAACCUCAUGACCUGUGAGAGUCAGAGCACUACCUAAAAGCCAGAUUAUGCCCAGGCUUUAUUAAUUAAUAGCAUCUACUCCAUUUUAAUUGAUUCUUAGAAAGUAAGGUAAUUUCUGAUAGACCAUGAUCUCCAUUUUGAAAGUUAGUUUCUAAAAUGGUCAUUAAUUAUCCCAAAUCCUUUGAUAAAAUACAAGUCAGAUUGACUCAAAUGAAAUAUCACUGAAUUAUGGUGGCAGCAGGAAGAGAAUAUUAUUCCAUGACAACAUUCUUGUUCAUUGACAUUAUCUCUUAAAAGGACACUCAAUCAAAAAUAUUCCUCAAAUUUGAGGAUAAUUUUAACAAUAAAAUAUUUUAGUGUGGUAAAUUCUAAUGAGCACUUUAGAAUUACUUAUUCUGUUCUCUCUUGUUCCUUAUAAGUGAUGUUGAGAAUCUUAUGGCUUUAGAGUGAAAAAAGAAGACUGGGGAAAAAAACAAACAAACAUUUGUUGAUAUUGAGAUUUCUAGAACAGCCCGAGAAGUGAACACUACUUGGAUUUUGAGUUCCAUUUUUAACUUUUUUUUUUUCCUCAUUUUUAAUUUACUUAAGGACUCCUGGAACAUUCCCUUUGAGAUAGAAAAUUGAGCUUUAGUUUUGGCUGAAAUAUGAAUAAUAGUGGGAGAAUCUGGGUCCCUUUUUUGUAUUUUUCUAGGAGUGAGGAGGGAGCAUCCACUGCCUUACAAUUCUGAACGACUGCUUGCCAUCUUGUGCUAUCCAAGUUACUCAUCUUGCUUCCAUUUCUGCUUUCUUUUCAUAGUAGCAUGUGACUUUUCAAGGCUUGCCCUUCUACCUGCCCAAUUUUCAGCUCACCUCUGCUAUUUGAUUGGGGAUAAUAUAUUCAGUUAAAUACAGGGAUGGGGAAGAAAGAGGAUAUAGAGGAGGAAACAGCACACACAGAUGAAAUAUUACACCGGUUAUCCAGACAGCCUUUCAAAAGGGAAACAAAAACUAAGCUCUCUUCUGAGCAAGAUAUAUAUUCGACACAAAAGUAAUAUAAACUUGCUUAAUCUAUAUUUUUCAUUUGCAUCUUUGUCUGACUGGACUUGAGUUAUUUUAUAGUUAUUGCCUUUUCCGGCAGAAUAUUUAUCAUCAGUAUUUAUAGGGUGAAUACGUAUUUGUAUGCCAGCUUUGCUUGACUCCGAAAGGGCCGCGUGGUUCAGAUGCAAAAUCUUAAGAUAAACUGCUAAAAGUUCUCAGUGAGAUUUCCUUAGGACAUAAAUUAGAAAGGGCUGAUAGACAGCCAUAGCACACAAGUCCCUGCUGGUGCUUGCUAUCACCAUUAUUACGUUUAGCUUGCAUUUUAAGGAGGUAGUUACAUGUAGAUGAUAGCUUAAAACAUUUAUAUUUUACUUUCCCUAUCUGGUAGUUUUUCAGGUUCAAUAGUACUUUGUUGCAGGUUGUUUUA